CAUAUCAAAGGUAUCAAACCAUAACAAAACCGGAAAAAAAUAACAGAAGCCCUGAAGACACCGUUGUUGUUGUUUCUAUCAAACUUAGCUCUAUUAUUAAUUUUUUUAAAGCUGCAUGGAACUAUGAAUCAUAUUUACUAUAAAGUGGAGACUGACCAUAGUUCCCCUUUCAGGAUAAAUGCAAUUUUUAAAGCAGAUUGCUUGGAAUUAACAGUUUUGAAAGAUGGUGCUGCCUAUUAUUUAGAGGUACCACAAGAGCUUUUAAUAACCCUUGGUAAAAAUCAAGGCAUGAACUUUGCUGAAUACUUCCCCAGGUUAAAAAACUACUUUGAAACCCGUCCAGAUAAAAUAGAGAUUCUUUUUAAAGAUGCAAGGUUUAGUGUUAAUGUUCUAUUGGACAAUAAAAUGAAAAAGAUCUAUUUUCAGGCUAGUUUAAAUUUGGUGAGUUAUGAAGAUACAGUGUUAAACAUGCUUGAUAACCUGAAUAAGGCGAGAAUAACUUAUUUUGAAAGUCUUACAGAGGAACAAAAUAAGAAUAUUAAAGUGACAGCAGACUAUGACACCCUUAAUAGAAAACUAACAGAGCUUGCAGAACGUAGAAAAACUGAAGAGCUAAGCCUUUACAACAAGUUUGUUAGCAUUUUAAAUGAAAAAAAGCGACAUAUUCAGCAUUUAAAUCACCUCUUACAGGCAUUUAAAAAUGGGAGGCCCACUCUAAAUCCCACUGUAGAGGUGAAGCAAAAAAAUUCCAAACAGAAAACUAAGGGGCCUAAUAAAGAUGUUAAAACUGAGCCUCCUAGCAGUUCAAAUGCGUCUGACGAUGAGAUUGAAAAUAAUGAAACAGAUGACAGUAAUUAUUCUACUGAUGAAGAAAAACAUUGUAAAAGUCCAGUACCAGGAACAUCUAAAGACAGUUCAAACCCUGUAAAACCAUUUACAUUUCCAAGAAGGACUAAUAGUGAGACUAAUUUUAAAAUUGAGAGACUGUCACCUAAAAGGGAGAAUCAGGAUGAGCAAAAUGGGGAGUUGAAAAUGAAAAAGCCUAAGAUAGAAAAAAAACCUUCUAUGAUGGAUUAUGAUACGCAAGAUUUACUUGAUGAUCUUAAGGAACUUUAAAAAAGUAUUUUAUAUUUUAAUUUUUCGUUUAAUUAUAUGGAAAAUUGUUAAGUUAUAAUGCUUUAUAUUAUUUGAUAAUAAAUUUACUAUUUAAUAUUUUUGAAA